GACAAGAAGACAGACAGCAUGAUCUUGAAGAAAUGAGAAAGUUGUAUGAACUGACUGAAGAGAGACUGCCAGGAUGCCCUCCACUUGUGAAAAAAUUUCAACCUAAAUAUGAUGACUUUACUGUUGAAAUAGAAUCGAAAAUUACAGGGACACUAAUGACGUCAAUGGCUUAUGUAGAUAAACACUACAAGACCGGAGGAUUUUACAAACUAGAGGACAUAAAAAGCGUCUAUGAGGAUGGUUACUUUCCCGCGCCAUCGAAUCUUAAUAGGUGGCGGAAAGAUGAACUGUUCGGAAUGCAGCGUCUGAUGGGUGUUAAUCCUGUAUUAAUACGGCUUUGUACCAAGAUUCCAGACAAAAUUGCUGUUAACAAUCAAAUGCUGAAGCCAUUCCUUGAAAGCAUGACCUUACCGCAAGCCCUACAGAAGAAAAGAAUUUUCAUGAUUGAUUAUGAGAUACUUGAUGGUCUACAAACAAGACCCGGGUAUGUUAUUACUGCUCCUAUUGUGCUGUUUUACCAACGUGAUGACGGACAACUCGUUCCAGUCGCUAUUCAGCUACAGCAAAAGUCUGGCGCGAACAAUCCCGUGUUUCUACCAAGCGAUCCCGAACACACAUGGACUCUUGCCAAAAUGUGGUGCAAUGUAGCCGACUCAAACUAUCACCAGUCCAUUGCACAUCUUGGUUUUACUCAUUUAAAGAUGGAAGGCGUCGUCGUAUGUACUCGCAGGCAAAUCCACAGGGAUCACCCUAUCUUCAAACUACUUAUGUCCCAUUUUCUUUACCUUCUUGCCAUUAAUGAUGUGGGAAUUCCAUUAUUAUUGAAUGAGGAAACAGGAUACGUACAAAGGCUUUCGGCCUUGGGCAAUAAGGGAAUGGUAGAGCUUAUAAACCGAAAAAACAAGACAUGGCGAAUGGACAUCGAUGGUACCCUGCCGAAUGAUCUGAAAGAAAGAGGGAUAGAUGAUUCGACACUGCUGCCUCAUUAUUACUACCGAAAUGACGCCAAUGAACUCUACGAUGCCAUUUUUUCGUAUGUGAAGAAAUACCUCGAUCUUUAUUACACAUCGGAUGAGGACGUUAAGAAAGACCACGAGCUGCAGAAAUGGAGGAAAGAAAUCACUGCACCCGUAAAAGACCAAGGGCUUGGCAUGCUAGGUGUAUUUGGAGAAAAGGGCAAAUUCACCAACAAAGAACAAGUAUGUCGUACAUUGACGAGCAUUAUUUUUACAUGCAGCGUCCAACAUGCAGCUGUCAACUUCCGUCAGUAUGAAGAUUAUGGUUAUCCACCAAAUUAUCCAUUCAGUCUUCGAGGAUCUCCACCAAAAAGUAAAGACCAGAUAGAAGAGAAUGAACUCCUGCUAAGUCUUCCAGAUAAAAAUACAACUUUAGACAUAUUGGUCAUAACUGGUGUACUGAGUCUGAACAGUACUCAUGCUCUUGGUAAUUUUGACGUUGAAUAUAUGACCGAUGAAAAAGCGCUCAGGGUAGUUGACGAAUUUCGUGCAGACCUUGCACGUAUUGCCAAAGGAAACAAACAAAAGAACAGUGAGAAGAGACGGUUAGAGAAAUACUGGUGCUUGCAUCCAAAAUUUGUACCCAACUCAAUAAGUAGCUAAAUAAUACAAGAGUGAAUGAAAUUCCAGAAACAGAACUUUCUUUUUAGAUGGAAUAUACCUGCCGUUACGAGACAGUUACAGUGCAAUUUUUAUUUGAAAGUUGUUCUCUACUAGCCCAACAUACGCACUGGUGAGGGAACAGCGCAGUUUGACAUGACAAAUUUGUCAAGUAGUCGUCAGUCAUUGGUCGAACUUACGAUAAUCAAAACUAUUCACAUCAAGCCAUUCAGGGGAGUGUAUUCCAGUUUCUAGAGACAUUACUCUUUGUUUUUAUUUCAAUAGAUUUCAUUUAUUUUAUAGUUUGCUGUAUUCAUUAUAUAUAGUUUAUAUCUACCAUUUUCGUAAAAGUGAUUUUGUUUGUCGACGAUGUACAUUCUGUAUUAUGAAUAUGUCAUGUAUAUAGUUCACACUUUGUUUGAUGAUCGGCGGAAGGUUAUUGCGAUAGUAUGUAUGCGUGAUUUUAAUAAAAUUUGGAUACUGGCA